AUGGCUGCCUCCGCCACAUGGUUCGACUGGUUUAGAUGCUGCAGCGAGCGGGAAGCUGCUGCGGAGGCUGCGGAUUCCGACGAAAGCCUGACUGCGCUGGCCCGAGAGGGAAAAGAAGCUGCAGAGUGGCAGAUUGUACAGAAAGGCGUUGAGCAGGGGGAGUUCCUUCGGUUGCUCCACUUACGAUCACGGCUGCGGGACUGUGACGAUCAUCCUGCAUGCAGAUGGCAGGCGCUCUCACGGCAGCCGCAGACACUCCUCCGCUUCCUGCGGGCCCGGAAUGGUGAUCUGCCGAAGGCGGAAGUGAUGUUCAGAGCAAUGCUCGAGUGGCGCCACGCAUUCAAAGUGGACGAGAAAGUACGACAAUGGAAGGAGGAGCUCGAUCAACAAAGCACUCAGCGCAGUAUAGAGAUGAGGAGAUAUGAAACAGACGUGGAGCUUUGCAGGGAUAGACAUGGUGUGCCCGUUCGGCUGGUUCGGACAAGUGUGGCCGACGUCCAGGGACUGGUUCGCGAGUUCGGGAAAGAGCUCGUUUUGAUUGACACCAUGAUGCGAAUGGAGCGUGCCCACGAGGAGAUUCGACGAGCAAUGUUCGACACGGAGGUGGUGAUUGGAGGCCAGCUUCAGAUCAUUGACAUGGGCGACUAUGGCAAAUACGGCGUCCCGAAUUUGACGAGUCGGUUGUUCUCGAGUCUGAAGAUCGCCGCGGAGAUCUCGCAAAUUACUGAUGCCAACUAUCCUGAAACAGUGCGGAGGGCAUUCAUCAUCCGACUUGGUUCCUGCACCAGCACGGCCUGGCGCUAUUGCAUCCAACCACUGCUGCCGGAGCGAACGCAGAACAAGUUGGUCCCAUGUGGCCCAAAGGCAAGCUCUUGGACAGACCGACUGGGGGCGGAGCUGGAUCUAGCAGCCCUGCCCGCCUUCCUCCGCGAGGACUCGGAUGCAGCCUUCAAGGCUGCGACACCCUGCGGGGGCAUGGUGCCUGCGGGCCUGGCUGGACGAGACCAAGGGCAGUGGCAUGUGGAGCCGACUGUGGUCAAGAAGAAGCCAUCCAGUCUGCGACACAAUGGGCCGACUAGCACGCUUUUCAGACACUUCAUUCUCUCCUCAAAGUCGGACAUGCACGGGACAGUGUGCGCUCGAAUUCAGCUCAUGUUCUUUGGCGUCAUCGCACUGGCUGCAGGAGCUCUCGCUGUCGAACCCGUCACUAUUCUGUGA